CGAGCCACCCAGGCACCCAGCCGAUUUGAUUCUUAGGGAAAAGUGGAUCAAUGCCAUUUCUUUCUCCCCCAAUUCUGUGGCUUGAGAAACUCACCUUCACUUUGUCUUUUGGCAUGGGUUUUAAUCGGGGCAAUAUGGCCCUAUCUGGCCCAAAACAAGCCGGGGCCCCAAAAAAGCCCUGCUCCUCCAGGCUUUAUGACAACAGUGCCGAGUCAUAGAGGUCCGGCCCAUCCCUAAGAGAAGAUCCUUCCCCGUCCUGCCAUGCCUCGGCCCCUCAGAGUUUUGCCCAAGGGCAGCUGAUGGGGGAGGAUGGAGUUUCUGGGAACCAGUCAGACGGCCAGUUACUGUGGCCCCAAGAAAGCCUGUGGCUUCAGUGCGCUGCCCCCGGCUGUGCCCGCCCCAGUGGUCCAGGAGUGUUACCAGCCGUAUUACCUGCCUGGGUACCGCUACCUCAACUCAUGGAGACCCAGCCUCUUUUACAAGAUCUCCAACGCAGAGACCUGCAUGGAUGAGGGGGCCACGAGCCGCAGCCCCCUGAGGCCGCCCACCAUCCUGCCGGCAGUCCGCUCCGCCCUCUUCUGCCGCUACACCCCUCGCGACUGGGACAGGUCCAACGAGCUGCAGAUGCGCGGGGCCGAGGCCUCUCGGCUGUGGGCCAGCCGGCUGACCGGCGACUCCAUGCGGCUCAUGCAGGACAAGGACCAGCUGACGCGCCAGAUGCAGGAGGGGACCAGCCGGAACCUGGGCCAGAGGCUGUCGGACAUCGGCUUCUGGAAGUCCGAGCUGGGCUACGAGCUGGAGAGGCUUCUGAAAGAGAACCACAGCUUGGACACGGUCAAGAGGCGGCUGGAGUGUGCUGCCGAGGAGCUCGACUGUCCCCUGCAGGUGGCUCUGGAGUGUCUGUACCAUAGAGAGAAAAGGAUCGGGAUCGACUUGGUCCAUGACAAUGUGGAGAAAAACCUUAUCCGGGAAGUAGAUUUGCUAAAAUGUUGCCAAGAACAGAUGAGAAAACUAGCUCAAAGAAUUGAUAUCCAGAUGCGGGAUAACCGAGACGCUCAGCACGCUCUGGAGAGGGACCUCGAGGACAAAACCUCGGCCCAGUUUAUCGACGAGAAGUGCUUUAACCUAAGGAACACGUCAGACUGCAUCAGCUUCUUUCACGGCAUGGAGAAAGUCGAUGGCACGAUCUCCGUGCCCGAGACCUGGGCCAAGUUCAGCAAUGACAACAUCAGGCACUCGCAGAACAUGCGGGCCAACUCCAUCCGGCUGCGCGAGGAGGCCGAGAACCUCUUCGAGAUCUUGUCGGACCAGAUGUGGAAGCAGUUUACCCAGACCAACCUGGCCUUCAGCGCCCGCAUCUCCGAGGUGACGGACGCCAAGAAUAAGCUGCAGACGCAGCUGGCGAAGACGCUUCAGGAGAUCUUCCAGGCGGAGAAUACCAUCAUGCUUCUGGAAAGGUCCAUCAUGGCCAAGGAGUGCCCACUGAAGGUGGCGCAGACACGGCUGGAGUGCCGAACCUGGCGGCCCAAUGUGGAGCUCUGCAGGGACAUCCCACAGUUCAAGCUCGUGAACGAGGUGUUCACCAUUGACGACACCUUGCAGACCCUCAAGCUGAGGCUGCGGGAGACGCAGGACACGCUGCAGCUGCUGGUGAUGACCAAGAGCCGGCUGGAGCACGAGCUGGCCAUCAAGGCCAACACGCUGUGCAUCGACAAGGACAAGUGCAUGAGCAUGCGCAAGAGCUUCCCGUGCGUGCCGCGCCUGGUGGGCUGCUCCUGAGCCGCGGUGGCCGGCCCCUGUGUCCAGCCCCACGCCUGUUCCGGGUGCCCAGCAUAAAAAUGAAAAAGGCAGGAAUACAAAAUAAAGUGUCAUUUUCUCCCUUUCCUCCUAUCAUGGAAAAACAAAAACCAAAUUAUAUAAAUACGUAUAUUAAGAGCCAAAAUAAACGUGCCCAAAGCAAAGAUCCCGGAGCUCAUUCCUUGCUGCAGAACCAGCCUGGCGGCAGAUCCCGGACCAGAUACCGAUUUCUUGGGGACAGGGCAUUGUGAGGUUCUCGGCAUCCCCAGAAAAUGGAAGGGGGCACAUUUUUGUGAAACCUGCUCGUCCAUUUAGGAGCACAUUAUAGACCAUGGGAUCCAAAGAUGGGACGCCAGAACUGAGAGUCUGGAGCCCAGCUGUCCCCCAGGAGCUGUGUGGCCUUGGACAGACUCCCGACCUGAGCCCCCUCAUCUGUGAAAGGAGGUCAG